AUGGCUACUAGAACCCAAUUUGAAAACUCCAACGAAGUCGGUGUCUUCUCCAAAUUAACCAACUCCUACUGUUUGGUUGCCGUUGGUGGAUCCGAAAACUUCUACUCCGCUUUUGAAGCCGAAUUAGGUGAUGUUAUCCCCAUCAUUCACACCACCAUUGCUGGUACCCGUAUAGUCGGUAGAAUGACUGCUGGUAACAGACGUGGUUUACUUGUCCCAACCCAAACCACCGACCAAGAAUUAAUGCAUUUAAGAAACUCGUUGCCCGACUCCGUUAAGAUACAAAGAGUUGAAGAACGUUUAUCAGCAUUGGGAAAUGUCAUUUGUUGUAAUGACUACGUUGCAUUGGUGCAUCCAGAUAUCGAGAGAGAAACCGAAGAGUUGAUUGCCGAUGUGUUGGGUGUCGAAGUGUUCCGUCAAACUAUUGCUGGUAACGUGUUGGUUGGUUCUUACUGUUCAUUGUCUAACCAAGGUGGUAUAGUGCACCCUCAGACCUCCAUCCAAGAUCAAGAAGAAUUGUCUUCCUUGCUCCAGGUGCCUUUGGUUGCUGGUACUGUCAACAGAGGUUCCUCUGUGGUGGGUGCUGGUAUGGUUGUUAACGAUUGGUUGUCUGUCACCGGUAUUGACACCACUGCUCCUGAAUUGUCUGUUAUCGAAUCCAUCUUCAGAUUACAAGAUGCUCAACCUGAGGCUAUCUCUGGUAACUUGAGAGAUACCUUGAUUGAAACCUACUCCUGA